GCAAUGGCCUUCCUUAUCAGUCAAGAGGAGACAAUAGGAAGGAAAUAACUUUUGAUAAGGGAGAGAUUUAGGCAAAAAUAAAUAUUUUGAUGGCAUAUGCUUUAAUGGCAAUCAAAUCUGUUCAUCCAAGGAGAUUAUCAGGUUGUUUGUAUAUAUAAGCAGCAGAGGAGCAUUUUGUAGAGUGUGCGGCGGCGAGGCGACAAAUCUUGUCGAUCUCUUCCUUCUCUCCCGCUCGCUGAAUUUCUUGCGGCGGCAAUGGCGGUCCUCGUGUCGCUCAUGGUGAUCGCCGCGUCGUCGCCUCUCGUGGCGCUGCUUCUGAGGGCGGCGUGGGUGACCCUGUCCUGCUACUGGCUGACGCCAAUGAGGAUCCGCCGCGCCAUGGCGGCGCAGGGCGUGCGCGGCCCGCCGCCGCGCCCGCUCGUCGGCAACCUCCGGGAGGUGUCGGCGCUCGUGGCGAGGGCCACCGCCGACGACAUGCCGUCCCUCAGCCACGACAUCGUCGGCCGCCUCAUGCCCCACUACGUGCUCUGGUCCGGGACAUACGGCAAGCUGUUCGUGUACCUGUACGGGAGCGAGCCGAGGCUGUGCCUGACUGACACCGCGCUGAUCAAGGAGUUCUUGUCGUCCAAGUACGCCCACGCCACCGGCAAGUCGUGGCUGCAGAGGCAGGGGACGAAGCACUUCAUCGGCGGCGGGCUGCUCAUGGCCAACGGCGCCAGGUGGGCGCACCAGCGCCACGUCGUCGCGCCGGCGUUCAUGGCCGACAAGCUCAAGGGGAGAGUCGGGCGCAUGGUGGAGUGCACGAAGCAGGCGAUCCGCGAGCUCCGCGACGCGGCGGCGGGGCGGCGCGGCGAGGAGGUGGAGAUCGGCGCCCACAUGACCCGCCUCACCGGCGACAUCAUCUCCCGCACCGAGUUCAACACCAGCUACGACACUGGCAAGCGCAUCUUCCUCCUCCUCGAGCACCUCCAGCGCCUCACCUCCCGCUCCAGCCGCCAUCUCUGGAUCCCCGGCAGCCAGUAUUUCCCGAGCAAGUACAGGAGGGAGAUCAGGCGGCUCAACGGCGAGCUGGAGGCGGUGCUGAUGGAGUCGAUACGGCGGAGCAGGGAGAUCGCCGACGAGGGGAGGGCGGCGGUGGCGACGUACGGGAGGGGUUUGCUGGCUAUGCUUCUGUCGGAGAUGGAGGAGAAGGAGAAGAAUGGCGGCGGCGGAGGCGGCGAGUUCAGCUACGACGCGCAGCUGGUGAUCGACGAGUGCAAGACCUUCUUCUUCGCCGGCCACGAGACGUCGGCGCUGCUGCUCACGUGGGCGAUCAUGCUGCUCGCCACCAACCCGGCGUGGCAGGAGAAGGCCCGCACCGAGGUCGCCGCCGUCUGCGGCGACCACCCGCCGUCCGCCGACCACCUCUCCAAGCUCACCGUGCUGCAGAUGAUCAUCCAGGAGACGCUGCGGCUGUACCCGCCGGCGACGCUGCUGCCGCGGAUGGCGUUCGAGGACAUCCAGCUCGGCGGCCUCCGGCUGCCGCGGGGGCUGUCGGUGUGGAUCCCGGUGCUGGCCAUCCACCACGACGAGUCCAUCUGGGGCCCCGACGCGCACGAGUUCCGCCCGGAGAGGUUCGCGCCGGGCGCGCGCCGCCCGUCGGCCGCCGGCGCCGCCAGGUUCCUGCCGUUCGCCGCCGGCCCGCGCAACUGCGUCGGCCAGGCGUACGCGCUCGUCGAGGCCAAGGUCGUCCUCGCCAUGCUCCUCUCGGCCUUCCGCUUCGCCAUCUCCGACAACUACCGCCACGCGCCGGAGAACGUGCUCACCCUCCGCCCCAAGCACGGCGUCCCCGUCCACCUCCGGCCGCUGCGGCCAUAGAUUCGAUUCUUUUUUUUUCCUUUGUUCGUUUUGGCGCCAUAGCUAGAGGAAGAAGAAGAAGAGGCGCGCGUGUGGCUGACAGUGGGGCCCACCUGUCAGUGGCCCGGCUGGUAAUAUGGUGCGUGUAGAGACAUGUGAUGUAACGAUGCGUGCAAAAUUAAUGACAUGAUAAAUAUUAACAGAGAGGGAUUACCUAGCUA